AUGCAGUACUCUCUCGCUCUCGCCGCGCUCUUUGCGCCGUCCACGCUUGCCUUCCCAUGGCUCAAGCCUGAUGGCAUGGACGCCCUCCUCAACCACCCCGUUGCUCGCCAGGAGAUCGAGAGGCGCUUUGCUGAGCACGCAGCCGGCCGCCGCGCGCCCGAGCCUGUUGUCAACACUCCUCGCCAGCUCGGCACCGGCAUCAUCAACGGCGUUACCACUCUCCUCGGCGGCACCGUCGAGGCGGUCGUCGACUCUGUCCUUGGUCUCAUCCCCACGGAUGACGCCGUCGACGGCCACAAGCGUUUCCCCGAAGAUGACUAUCCCUUCAAAGCUCCUGGAGACACCGACCAGCGCGGUCCCUGCCCCGGUCUGAACACUCUCGCCAACCACGGCUACAUCCCGCGCACCGGCAUCGCCACCAUCGGCGAGCUCAUCGCCGGCACCCAGGCCUUGUUCAACAUGGCCCCCGACCUCGCAGCGCUGCUCGCAGUCGGCGGCGACAUCGACGGCGGCGACAUCCUCUCCCAGAAGAUGAGCAUCGGCGGCCCCGACGACCGCGUCGGCCUCCUGAACGGCGCCCUGAACGACAUCUUCGGCACUCCUUCCGGCAUCGCCGGCCACGGCAAGUUCAACGAAGGCGACGCCUCCGCCACGCGCGAAGACUUCUACCUCAACGGCGACAACAUCUCCUUCCAGCCCAAGCUCUUCCAGCAGCUCCACCAGCGCGCCCUCGACACGGGCGACGGCACCUACUCGGUCGACGCCGUCAAGAAGCACUUCGCCAACCGCUACGCCGCCUCCAAAGCCGCCAACAAGCAAUUCUACUUCAACGUCCCCAGCGCCGCCGUCGUCAUGGGCGCCUACUACUUCAUCCCGGGCUUCAUGUCCAACGGCACGCUCGGCGCCGGCGGCCUCGCCAACGAGGCCUCCAUCACCUCCUUCUACGGCGCCAAGCCCUCGCGCUCCGGCGCCGACGCCUGGAAGGACCCGUCCCUCACCUACACGCACGUGCCCGAGCGCAUCCCCGCGCAGGGCUGGUACCGCCGCAACGUGCCCAUGACCCUCGUCGAGGCCGUCGGCGGCAUCCUCGACGUCUAUCUGUCGGCUCUGCCCGCCCUCGGCGGCGCCGGCGCCGAUGAUAGCUUCGUCCUCGGCCCGCUCGACCUGCCCACCAGCGUGCAGGGCUUGUCGUGCUUCUUGUAUAAUGCCGUCUAUGCGAACUUCCCAUCUGAGCUGUACAACGUCGUCGCGGCGCUGGAGAGCGUCGUCAAUCUCGUGUCGAGCACGCUGGCGCCCGGGUACUUGGCGUUGGGGUGUGAGGUCAACUUCCCGGAUGCGACUGGGUUGGCGACGGCGGAUGACUGGGAGAGCUGGAGCGAGACGUAUGUUGGGAAGGCGAAGGAGAAUGCGGUCGGGAGCGGGUGGUAUAAGCAGUAG